GAAAUCUUCGUGUAAGAUAAACAGUAUUUAAUUUAAGAAAAAAAGGGAAAACAAUACGAAAAGAUGGGGACUGAGGGGCAGACUGUGUGCGUCACUGGCGCUUCUGGGUUCAUCGGGUCAUGGCUGAUCAUGCGACUGCUCGAGCGCGGGUACUCCGUCCGGGCCACCGUCCGGGACCCUGCAAAUGAGAAAAAGGUAAAGCAUUUGUUGGAUUUGCCUAAUGCCAAAACCCACUUGACCCUGUGGAAGGCCGAUUUGGCUGAUGAGGGAAGCUUCGACGACCCAAUUCAGGGAUGCACAGGGGUUUUCCAUGUUGCCACUCCCAUGGAUUUUGAAUCCAAGGACCCUGAGAAUGAAGUAAUAAAACCAACCAUAAAUGGAGUGUUAAGUAUCAUGAAAGCAUGUGCCAGUGCCAAAACAGUUAGAAGGUUGGUUUUUACAUCAUCUGCUGGAACUCUAGAUGUUCAAGAACACCAAAAACAGGUCUAUGAUGAAAACAGCUGGAGUGAUUUGGACUUUGUCCUGAGAGUAAAGAUGACUGGAUGGAUGUAUUUUGUGUCCAAGACAAAGGCAGAACAGGCAGCCUGGGAAUUUGCUAAGGAGAACAACAUUGCUUUUGUCAGUAUAAUCCCACCUCUUGUUGUUGGUCCUUUUCUUAUGUCUUCAAUGCCACCUAGCUUGAUAACUGCACUUUCCCCCAUUACAGGGCUGGAAAGCCAUUACCAUAUUAUAAAGGAAGGCCAAUUUGUGCAUCUUGAUGACCUCUGCAUGGGGCACAUAUUCCUUUUUGAGCAUCCUAAGGCAGAGGGCCGCUACAUUUGUGCCUCCCACAAUGCCAGCAUUUUCGAUAUUGUGAGACUGCUCAGGGAAAAAUACCCCGAGUAUAAUGUUCCUACUGAGUUCAAAGGUAUAAACGAAAAGGACUUAAAGGGGAUAGUCUUCUCGUCCAAGAAGAUCAAGGAUUUGGGUUUUGAGUUCAAAUACAGCUUGGAAGACAUGUUUACAGGAGCUGUUGAUACAUGCCGAGCGAAGGGAUUGCUUCCUCAUUCUUAUAAUGAGAAGAAGGAUGUCACUGGCACAACCUGACUGAGAUAGGAUUACUAAGAUGGGUGUCAUACUGUCAUGUACCAUUGAUCACUGUGCCUUCUAUUUCUGAGUUUGAGCUUUGUGUUCGUUUUUUUUUUUAUUAACCUUCCAAUAUCUGAUAAUCACUUUGGGUCCCGAUUAAUCUGGAAUUGAACUGUGUCGGAUCCUAUUAGGGGAGAAGCUCUCCCAACGCCUGUUUCUCCAUUCAUAAGACUCGAACUCGAUACCUUAUUUAAGGGGAAUCGAGCUCCUUCCACUCUGAUCAACAGCUCGUUGGUUGAGCUUUGUGUUUGUUGUGCUGCAUUGCUGAUUCAAUAAUUUGAUAUUGAAUGA